GACAAUCACUUCUGAACGAACAAAACCCACGCCCAAGCUUUCGUAGGGCGGGAGGCGAGGUUCCAGAAACCACAGCUUGGGUGGGGGGUCCACCGAGCGCAAAGGUAGGUUAGUUACUCGGCUUGCUCUUUUUAAAUGACCGCCAAGUCGCAAUUUCUCCGGAGCGAUCAAAACUCGCAUCGCCCCGUUAUGAAUCCAGCCCAUGACAUCCGGGGCGAUUGAUUGCUUUCUUAUCGUCGUCGUACCGGAUAUGAGUUCGUCACCGAUCCAGCCCCGGAACCUUGUGUGAUACAAAGAACAAACGAGAACCCGAAUUCUCCAUCAACGGACGGAAGGGUGGAACACUGGCCUAGCCACUCUCAUGGGCAUAAUGGCGGAGACGGCUAUGACUAAGGCUGGCGAAGCAAGACAGCCGAAUAACGGGGUCUCCGGCGGCGUGACUCGUUCCACCUUGACGGAAGACGAUGCCGUAAAGGCCAAGGAGUCGGCGGCUGCAAAAGGUAGCCAGGCAUCCUCAGCACCUGCAGAGGGGGCAACGGUACCUGCAAGUGCCAGCCCAAAGAAGCGGCGCAAGGUGAAUCAUGCAUGUGUCUAUUGCCGGCGCUCGCAUAUGACUUGCGACUCGGAACGUCCAUGCACUCGAUGUAUAAAGCGCAACAUCGGCCACUUGUGUCAUGAUGAACCCCGGGAAACCUCAAGGCGGGCCAAGGGCGAACAAGACAUACAGUCUGUCGAAGAAGACGGCGGCAAAGCGAAUAAUGAUUUUGGGAACAAUCAGAAGAUGAAUAGGAAGUUGUCCGGGUCUUCUAUAAACGACCAACUAUUAGGAGACGGCAGCAUCGCGUUACAGUCCCAGGGUGGACAAGAUAUUUCCACCGCGGCUGGCCAGGUGAACCAACAACAGCUACUAGGCUAUAACGACUGGCCGUUUGGGCUCCAGAAUCAGUUCCAGGAUAUGCACACAUUCCAUCCGUCAUACAUGUUUAAUGCUCCCGAAGUUACAAACGAAUACAACUUGCUUAACGAUUUCCUCAGCACGAGUUUAUUGGACGAAUCCGCGAUGUAUCAAGGAGACGACACGCCCGGAUUGUAUUCCGAUAUGGCGUUCAUGAAUACUAUGGGGACGAAUUUGCCGGGUUCCGGGCCGUUUGUCCAACCGCAACAAGCACAACAAUCGUCAAUGGCCCCUCCUCAGUACCUGACAACAUCUCAAUCACAGGCCGCUCAGGGCAACGCCAUUCAACGGCCGAAUAGCACGGUAGGGAACGAUAAAGCGAAGGAGACAUAUUACAUGACGGCUGCAGAUCCCUCCGGAACCGAUCCCCCCGAAGAAAGGAUGAACAAGCUCCUUAAAGCUAAAUACGAUGCUGGGUUGCUUAAACCGUUCAACUACGUGAACGGUUAUGCUCGCCUCAAUAAGUAUAUGGAAGAGCACCUCCAGCCGGCUUCUCGACAAAAGAUUUUACGUCAGCUCGAUAAGUUUAGGCCAAAGUUCCGGGAACGCAUGCAGAGCCUCACAGACAUCGAGCUAGUUUUGGUGGAGAUGUGGUUCGAGCGAAGCCUGAUGGAGUAUGACCGUGUAUUCGCGAGCAUGGCCAUUCCUGCGUGUUGUUGGCGCCGAACAGGACAGAUUUUCAGAGGAAACAAGGAGAUGGCCCAACUUAUUGACGUGCCAAUUGAGUCAUUGAGAGACGGUAAACUUGCCAUUCACGAAAUAAUAGUCGAGGACCAGCUCGUUAGCUACUGGGAAAAGUUUGGUGCAAUUGCAUUUGAUAGCUCGCAAAAGGCUAUGCUCACCAGUUGCACUCUGAAGAGCCCAGACCCGAAGAGCCCUAAGCAGGGUAUUCAGUGUUGCUUUUCAUUUACCAUACGUCGCGAUCCCCAUAACAUACCCUCUAUCAUUGUUGGGAACUUUUUACCCACGAAGCGAACAGACAGGUAGGCAUACCGCUGAAUCAUAUUACAUAUAUACGCGGGUUGUAUCUCAUCGGCUCAUCGGGGAAAUGAAACUCGGGCUCAUGAGUACUGGAAUUGGACUUCGUUUAUAUAUACAUCCCCCUUUCUUUACAUUUGUACAUACAUAUCCCCUAUUUGUGCAUCACUUGGGCUAA